GGCAGUGCUGCAGCUGCCCCUCAGCCCGCUCCGUGGCUUCCCUCCGGUGCCUGAGCAUGGGGACCCCGCGAGUCCCCUUGAGGACCACACUGUUUCACAGCGAGAGGACUGGCCUGACCUACCGCGUGCCCGCGCUGCUGUCUGUGCCUCCCGGGCCCACCCUGCUGGCCUUCGCGGAACAGCGGCUCAGCCCGGAUGACGCGCAUGCGCACCGCCUGGUGCAGAGGCGCGGCACGCUGUCAGGGGGCUCCGUGCGGUGGGACGCUGCGCUGGUACUGGGCACUGCGGCCCUGGAGCAGCACCGGUCUAUGAACCCCUGUCCAGUGCACGACGCGCGCACCGGCACUGUCUUCCUCUUCUUCGUGGCUGUGCGCGGCCAAACCCCCGAAGCUGCGCAGAUCGCCACGGGCAGGAACGCUGCGCGCCUCUGCUGCGUGACUAGCCAGGACGCAGGGCGCACGUGGGGCGGAGCGCGGGACCUCACCGAGGAGGCGGUGGGCGGUGCUGAGCGAGACUGGGCCACAUUUGCUGUGGGCCCCGGCCACGGCAUCCAGCUGCCCUCGGGCCGCCUGUUGGUGCCGGCCUAUACCUACCGCGUGGACCGGCGUGAGUGCUUUGGCAAGAUCUGCAGGACCAGCCCCCACGCCUUUGCCUUCUACAGCGAUGACCACGGCCAGACCUGGCGCCACGGCGGCCUCGUGCCCAACCUGCGCUCGGGCGAGUGCCAGCUGGCUGUGGUGGACGGAGGGUGGGCUGGCAGUGUCCUCUACUGCAAUGCCAGGAGCCCCCUGGGCAGCCGCGUGCAGGCCCUCAGCACAGAUGAUGGCACCUCCUUCUUGCCGGGAGAGCUGGUGUCCGCCCUGCCCGAGACGGCCCGGGGCUGCCAGGGCAGCAUCCUGGGCUUCCUAGCCCCACCCUCCAGCAGGCCUGGUGAUAAAGGGUGGUCGGUGGGCUCCAGCGUGACCCCCUUUCCUCUGAACCUCUACGCUAGAGGCCAGGAAUCCCCCGAGGAGGGUCCCGGAGACUCCCAAGGGGGUGGGAGGCUGGGCAGGACAGAGAGACGUGGGGAUGGCCCAGGAGACCAUGGCCCAGGGGACCCCGGUCCCAGGGAGCCUAGUCCAGGGCGUGGGUUCCACGGGGGCAGGAGGGACUGGGCCCCACAGCUCUCCAGACCCCCUGCCACCUUGACUCAGAGCCCCACAUGGCUGCUAUAUUCCCACCCGGUGGGACGCAGGGCUCGGCUCCAUAUGAGUGUCCGUCUGAAUAGGUCCCCACUGGACCCCCACAGCUGGACAGAGCCCUGGGUGAUCUACCAGGGCCCCAGUGGCUACUCUGACCUGGCGUACAUCGGGCGGACCCCCGAAGGUGCCUCGACCUUCGCCUGUGUGUACGAGAGCGGAGCCAGGGUGUCUUACGAGGAGGUCUCCUUCUGCAUGUUCUCCCUGAACCAGGUCCUGCAGAACGUGCUCCCGGGCCCUGGGCGGCGCGGCCCGGGGGCCAAGCCUCGGGCCCAGUGCAGGCCCUCCUGAAGAGCCCUCUCACUAGGCCUGGCCCAGUGCCUGGAGGCAGAGGGAGAGGUCAGGGGCCAGGAUAGAGCUCUGGGGCACCCCCACCCCUGCCAGAGGUGCCUUUGCCCCUUGGCUUCUUCACGCAGAGUCGUGAGGGGGGUGUUCAUGAAGGACCCUGAGCAGAGACACAGAAGCUCAGUUUUCAUUCUUUCAAGUCAGCAGGGCUGGGCUUCAGGCACCGAUGUGUUGCUGGAA